UUGGAAGAGCUCGAGCGCCCGUUUAAUUCCCAGACUCUCAAGCUGGUGCAGUUUACACGUGAGUCAGUGCGCGGUUCCUGCUGGAGGCGCGCGUGCGCUGCCACGCGCAGUGUGAGUGCGCGAGAGUGUUGGGCAAAGUGGAAGCUCAUUCGAGUGCGCGCGCGCACACACACAUCAUCAUUCUGAGGUGCCGCGCGAUACCGGACACAACGUGCUGCCGCUCCGCUCAUACUGGAAUAACAAAACAUCGCAAAAGAAGAGCACAAGAAAGUGGAACAAAGUUAUGGAUGAAAGAAUACCGAGAGUGCAGGGCAGACAGUUCCUGGAUCAAGCAGAUUUCUUGGGGGUUGAAUAUUCGUCUCUGUACAUGUGCAAAUCGAAAAGAGGGAUGAAGAGAGAAGAGGGAAAGGAUGCUUACAAGUUACCACACAGACUGAUAGAGAAAAAGAGGAGGGACAGAAUAAAUGAAUGUAUUGGGCAACUGAAAGAUUUAUUACCUGAACAUCUCAAACUCACGACACUGGGUCACUUGGAAAAAGCAGUUGUUCUUGAAUUGACGCUCAAGCAUUUGAACACUUUGACAGCUGUCACAGAGCAACAGCACCAGAAGAUCAUCGCUUUACAGAAUGGGGAACGAUCGUUGAAGUCCUCCCUCCAGGCAGACUUGGACGCUUUUCACUCAGGCUUUCAAGCGUGUGCCAAAGAAGUCCUGCAGUAUCUGAACAAGGUGGAGAACUGGACGGCGCGCGAGCAGAGGUGCACGCGACUCAUCAACCACUUGCACAAAGUUUCCGCCCAGUUCCAACCGGGCGCGCGACUCCUGCAGCAGCCGUCGCCGGGCGACGACUCUCAAGAGCGGGACGUUCAGAGAGAUGCUCAAGCCAACUGCGUCCCCGUCAUUCAGAGGACUCAGAACCUCGAGCUGAACGAGAACGACACGGACACCGACAGCGGCUACGGAGGAGAGGCGGAGAAAGGCGACGGUAAAUGCGAGAAAGGAUUCGACGCGGCGAAAGGAGUUAAAAUCAAGCAGGAGUUCGGAGACGAGCGCGUCACCAAGAAACCCAAAAUGAACUGGUCUGCGAGCGGUGCGUCUUGCGCAGAUUCUGCCCAUAACCGGCCGGACGUGGCGCUAAUGAACUCGUUAAUGGGAAUGACAGGUGGACAGCAAACGCCGUUUUGCAUGCCGUUUUACUUCAUAAACCCGUCCGCGGCGGCAUCGUACAUGCCUUUAUUUGACAAAAGUCAUUUGGAGAAGCUUGUGUAUCCAGCAGCUGCAGCUGCGGCGCUGUCCGCCCCGUUCCCCUGGCUUUACCCCGGGAUCCCCGCGCACGCCUCUGCCGCGGCCGCCGCAGCCAUCGCGUUCCCCGGAGUCUCCCCCGAUAAGAGCUCCGUAUUUGACUCAACAUCCUCUCAAGACAACGACCCGACAUCUCCCGAUGAUGAGCUGUCAAACGAGGCCGAGCUGGCCUCUCCUGUGUCUGGGGAACAUGGCUCAGAGAGUGACGCUGGUCAUCAGCCCCAGCGAAACGAAAAUGAUGCUACAUAAAGCUAGAAAUGUUGGUAACACUUUACAAUAAGGUUCUAUUCGUUAAUAUUAGCUAAUGCAUUAGGUAUCAUGAACAAACAAUUAACAAUAUAUUUUUUUCAGCAUUUAUUAAUGUUUGUUGAUGUUAGUUAAUAAAAAUACUAUUGUUCAUAGUUCAUGUUGCAUUAACUAAUGUUAACAAAUGCAAUACAAAUGCCUAUAUGUUGAAAGUAACAUUAACCAAUAUUAAUAAAUACUGUAAAAGUAUUGCUCAUUGUUAGUUCAUGUUAACUAAUGUCGUUAACUAAUGUUAACAAAUUGAACCUAAUUGCAAAGUGUUACCGAUAUUUUAAUCUCUAGUUUGCUUGUAAAAUUGCUUCUAUUUAUCGUUCCUUAAUUUAAUUGUCAUUAUUGAGUAUUAAACAAAGGCUGUUUAUUUGUUUGUUUGUUUGUUUUUUCAUUAUUAAAUUAAGUAGACGAAAAACCAAGUUUCACAACAAAUUUGCUAUUUAGUUUUUAAGGGGAGAAUGGGGGACGUUGUAACAGCCAUUUGAAGAUAUUUGAAUGAAAAUCAAAACCUGAUGGACCUUUAUGUCUUGCCAUCCAAUAGCAUAUUGGUUAUGACUGAAAAUAUGUAAAAGUCUGAGAGACUUUGAUCUGGGAUUAUGUUGUUGUGGUUGUUUUAUUUUUGUAUUUUUAAUGAAAAAAAACAAAAAACAGUUUAGUGCAAUACAUCAUAGUAAUCUUCUUUAAGCUAUAGAACACUGCUUAUGUAGCGAGAGUUCUUUUCAAAGAUUUGGAAUUCACAUAUUGGACAUAUUGGAUGUAAUGUCUGAUACUGACCUCAAGCAGGCUGGUGUGACUGCUGCAGUAUUUGUCAGAUAACUUUCUCUUUGCUAGUCAGACUGGAAAAGUCAUAUUUUCUCUUUUGAUGUUCAGUGCUUGAAAGAGUUACUUAAAUACCUCAACAUUCUUUGAGAUGCUCCUCUGGUAGGGGUGGUGAUAAAACAUUUUUAAUUGGACAAAUCAUGUGAGCAGCAUUCCUCUGAUGUAGUGUUACAGCACCCCCAUCUCUCUCUCUCCUGAGCAAUUCAUUUGAACAACUGAAUCUUUUAUAUGAAGGAAAUCAACACUUACCCAAAUUAGAAAGGACAUCCUUGUACCUGUCAAUCAUCAUUAAGAGAGCUUGUGAUAACAUUUUGCCAACUUGAAGAAUUUGACAUCUUUGCCCCCUGACAUGUGACAGUCACAUUGCUUGCACCUCUAGCAAACAUAUACAAGGUAUAUUAGCACCUUAUGGAACUUUGAUAUUGAAUGUAAUCUGUGUUCUUUUGGUAGAUAAGAAAAGUUUGUACUGUAUAUAUUCUAAUAAAAGUAGUCAUUUAAUCCAGAGGUAAAGUGCACUUUUUCUUGCCUUCUCAGUUUCCUAUAACACAGUCCUCAUGCUUCAUUUUUAAGACAAUGCCCUUUGAACUCAAACUACAAUGUUUGUUUUCUUAAAGAAAUCUUCUUAACUGAACGGAAAGUGUUGGAUUAUGUGUAUCUAUGUAUGUAUAACAUCAUGAUCAAUGAUUUUUGAAGCUCACCUUAACCUUUAUUGGCUUGCUCAAGUCACAUCCUAGGGUUGAUUUCAAGAUUUACAGUGGCAGUCAUUAGUGUCUAGUUUGGGAGUCAGCUCUCACCAUUUGGUUUGGAAAAGUUAGUUAAAACUUUUAAAGAGAUUAUUAUUUUGCCUUUCUGAAACAUUGUCACAGUUCAUAUGGCAAGGGUCAUGCUGUGUAUUGUACAAGUGUUGUGAAACACUGUAACAUGACACAUGAAUAAAACUGUAAACAAACUUUUGGACUGGAUAGAUCUGAACAUAUUGAGGUGCUUUGUGUAAACAUUAAAGAUCGAUGUCACAACUGACAGUAAUGGAAGGCUCAUGAGUUUUACUGAAUGUAUUCAUUUUUUAUGAAUUCAUGAAUGCAUAAGAACAGUGACGUAACAGCCGCCAUUUAUUUUUUCAUUGUUUCAUAGGCCCUAUAGUGACUUUGCCUUGACUUUCAUUUUGCCUAAACAGUGGCAAUUGGAUGUAUAUAGUUUGUGAAUAUGCUGUAUGUUUAAUGUUCAUGUUGUAGAAGAAAUCUAUGGAUUUUUUUAAUGGAUAAACUGAGCGAAUGCUGCUCAUUUCCUUAAUGCUUUACACAUUUGCUGUUUGAAAUUAUGCAGCUCAGUUGUCAAAUAAACAUAAACUUAUGUGAAUAAAAUGUUAUCCCCCUCA